AAUCUUCCCGAAUCCAAUAUGGCGCUCAGUCAGAGGAAUGCUACUAGAACUGGCAGUUAAAAUGACAAUUAUUAUUACGUAUCGGGGUUAACUCCACAGUUUAAAGUGAAGUCCUGAGUCGCGAUGUGGCCGACAUUUCACACAGUGUGUUUAAGAAGCCGGGCUGUCAGCAGAAGAAGCGUCGCCGCUGCUCUUGUAACAUGUUCAAGGCACAGGGAUAAUGCUAACGUGUCUCUCUUCAGUCAUUCAGCGGGACUAGCAGCACCAACAUGCAAGGCUCUUCUGUUCAGAAAGCACGGGGACCCCUCCCAAGUUGUUCAGUUGGAGGAUGUAGAUCUGCCCCCCAUGGGUGCAAAGGGAGUUCUGGUUAAAAUGUUGGCAGCUCCAAUCAACCCAUCUGACAUCAACAUGAUUCAAGGUACUUAUGCCAUCUUGCCUGACCUCCCAGCUGUUGGGGGCAACGAGGGGGUGGCUCAGGUCGUAGAGGUGGGCAGUCAGGUGAAGACCCUGAAAGCAGGAGACUGGGUCAUUCCAAAAGAUGCAGGUCUAGGUACGUGGAGAACGGAGGCAGUGCUAGCAGAGGACGAUGUCAUAUCGCUGCCAAAUGACAUUCCCUUGUUGUCUGCUGCCACGCUUGGGGUGAAUCCCUGCACUGCCUUCAGGAUGCUCUCUGACUUCGAAGAGCUCAAGCCAGGUGAUUCUGUGAUCCAGAACGCAGCCAACAGUGGAGUUGGGCAGGCUGUAAUACAGAUUGCUGAUGCGAGGGGAAUAAACACUAUCAACGUCAUCAGAGACAGGACAGAGUUCACACAGCUCAGUGAUAGGCUGAAGGCCAUCGGAGCAACAUACGUGAUCAAAGAAGAAGCACUUAGGCGGCCUGAGAUGAAGGAGCUGUUCAAGACCUGUCCAAAACCUAAACUUGCACUAAAUGGAGUUGGGGGCAAGAGCGCAACAGAACUGCUCCGUCAUCUACAGUUUAGAGGAUCCAUGGUGACAUAUGGAGGGAUGGCCAAACAGCCAGUCACUGUCCCUGUGAGUGCUCUUAUUUUCAAGGACGUGAAGGUUCGGGGAUUUUGGGUCACACAGUGGAAGAGAGAGCACUCAAGCGAUGGAGAGGCAUUUAGAGCCAUGCUGGAUGAACUCUGUCACCUCAUCCGGCAGGGAAAGCUGACAGCUCCUGCCUGCACCAAGGUGGGCCUUCAAGAUUACAACAAAGCUGUAGACACGGCUAUGCAGCCCUUCACCUCAGCUAAACAGGUCCUGAUCAUGUGAACGGAAUCAUCAACAAAUCAGUCCAAAGUAUAUGAACUGAAGUGAAACCCCAGGAGUGCCACACUAUUGUCUGUGUCAAUGGAAUGCACUGCUCAAGCACAUACUCAAUAAAUGUGUCCUCACAGCAGACUCAAAGUCCAA